UGCUACUUCAAUACUGGGUCUCUUAAAAAAGCCUCUCAUUAUUGCUGCAAACAACCCACAUUUUGGAGGCAUCUUCUCUUAAAUUCAGCUGGUUCAAGGAAAGAUUUGGUUUUUGUGUUUUCACUCUAGAGUCUUGGCUUCAAUUUGAGAGCAUCAAUGGAGGGGAGGAAUAGUGGAGUUGAUGCCAUGUCAAAGAUGGAAGACUAUGAAGUGAUAGAGCAGAUUGGCACAGGGGCUUUAGGAACAGCAUUUCUUGUUCUCCAUAAAACUGAGAAUAAGAAGUAUGUCCUAAAGAAGAUUCCUUUGGCAAAACAGACAGAGAAGCUUAAGCGGACAGUACAUCAGGAGAUGAAUUUGAUUACUAAACUAAACCAUCCGUACGUUGUGGAGUACAAAGAUGCUUGGCUGGACAAGGGCAGCUGUAUUUGCCUCAUCACCCGCUACUGUGAAGGCAGAGAUAUGGCAGAGUUUUUGAGAAAAUCCAGAGGAGCACUAUUCCCCGAAGAGAAACUCUGCAAAUGGCUGACACAGCUAUUACUAGCCGUGGACUAUCUACAUUCCAAUCGAGUCCUUCAUAGAGAUCUGAAGUUAUCCAACAUUUUUAUCACAAACGACGAUGAUGUCUGUCUUGGUGAUUUUGGAUUGGCCAAACUUCUAGAUCCUGAAGGCCUCACUUCCUUGGUGGUUGGCACUCCAAAUUACAUGUGUCCUGAGCUCCUUGCCGAUAUGCCUUAUGGCUAUAAGUCUGAUAUAUGGUCACUUGGUUGCUGUAUGUUUGAGAUUGCUGGACAUCAACUGCCAUUUAGAGCUCCUAACAUGACUGGCCUCAUCAACAAGAUAAAUAGGUGUACGUUAUCGCCACUUCCUAUCAUAUAUUCCUCCACCCUGAAACAGAUUAUAAAGAGCAUGCUAAGGAAGAGUCCGGAACACAGACCGACAGCUGCAGAAUUGUUGAGGCAUCAACAUUUACAGCAGUUCCUUCUGCAAUGUCGCAACCCUUCAUCCGUGUUUCUCCCGGUUAGGUCUCCGAGGAGCACAAAGGAGAAAACGGGAAAGCCUUCACCUAGCAAAUCUAGCAGUGGCAAAGACAACCGAGGACAGUUGAUAGGGCGGGGGCCAGUUUUCUCACUUGAUCGGAACGUGGGCACACAACCUAGGAAUUUACCAAACACUAGUAAACAAAUAGAAGCUAAACUCGAGACUAAGCGAGUUGAUAGGACAAGCUAUUCUGCAAAGAUCUCUGAAGAUAGCGAAGAAUCAUUAGUUGGGGAUGCGAGUGAGACAGCUGGUAACGAAGAGGAACACUCCGAGUUGUUUUUGCAAAAGGAAAGCUUGAAAGUGCCAACUCCAUCUGACUUCAUUACGCCAAAAUCCAACCCCGAGGAGCAAGAAGAAACUUCCUUGCAUGUCCAACAUUUUGAGGAGGGCGACGAAGAAAGUGACAAAACUAAAGAUUUGGAGGUUUUGAACUGCACGAAUGGCAACGGGGAAGUGGAAAUGGAGGCAGUGGAUUGUAUCGCUGAGAAAACCAGCAGAAUGACAUUAUCCAACGCAAAGUCUUUUGAUCAAGAAAGUGCAUCAUCAACUACACAGCCCUUAAACUCUGAGCCUGAAGGCAAUGCAGAGCCAAGGUCUUUGUAUCAAACAGAAAACGUCGAUUUGUGCAGAGAAGUUGCACUCGAUUGUGCUUCAGUGAAGAAAAAUGGCACAGCUACAGGUGAAGAGCAAGCGGGAAUAGAAAGGGAUGCCUUCAAGAACUCCGAGAACGAGGAAGAUAGCAUUCAAAUAACCGAUGAACAGGCACAGAGUCGCAUUUCAUUGCUGAGGAAAUUAACCGCAUUGACUAGCGAGAGCAAGGAUGAGUGGGGCAAUCCAACUCAACAAAGGGCAGAUGCGUUGGAGUCACUUCUCGAGCUCUGUGCACAACUACUUAAACAGGACAAGAUCGACGAGCUCUAUGGUGUCCUCAAACCAUUUGGGGAAGAUGCAGUUUCGUCCAGGGAAACAGCAAUUUGGUUGACCAAAACCCUCAUGAAAGCACAGAAGUAGCCAUACAGCUUACCCUUCUGCAAUACUCUUGUAAAGAUUGUUCUUGUUUUUUUCUUUUUCCUUUUCAUGGUUUCACUAGUAAUGUGAGUAUGGAGAGUUUCAUUUCAUUGGUAAUGAAGGAUUGGAUAUGUGAGGGAGUUUCUUCUUUUCUUUUUUUCAGACAAAUGUAAUGUAAAGGCUUCUGUGUUUUGAAAAUUGGUGUAGAUAUUGUUGGAAAGGUUUGAUGA